CACUGCUGUGUCAGGACAAUGCCCACUGGCGGUGUGACCCUGGCAGGCUGCAGCUGGAGGCACCCUUUGAAACCUCUCUUCUCCUGCCCUCCCUAAAGUCCAGGUUAAAACGCUCAGCCCCACGUGCUGAGCACAAACCUGGCUGAGCCUGCUCCAACCGCAAGAGACUUCAAUCACUGGGAGCCAGCAUGUCGGCUGUGUUCCUGGAGAACCGAGCCCUGGCCAGAAAGCUAUCAGAUUUUGGACAGGAAACAAGCUAUAUUGAAGACAGCUCCAGUCAAAAUGGUGCCGUGUCACUGAUAUUCUCACUCAGAGAAGAGGUUGGUGCGUUGGCCAAGGUCCUGCGCUUGUUUGAGGAGAAUGACAUCAACUUGACCCACAUCGAAUCCAGACCUUCUCGUUUGAACAAAGACGAGUAUGAGUUUUUCACCUACUUGGAUAAACGCAGUAUGCCAGCAUUGGCCAAUAUCAUCAAGAGUCUGAGGCAUGACAUUGGCGCUACUGUUCAUGAGCUUUCUAGAAACAAAGAGAAGGACACAGUGCCCUGGUUCCCGAGGACCAUUCAAGAACUGGACAGAUUUGCCAAUCAGAUUCUCAGCUAUGGAGCUGAACUGGAUGCAGACCACCCAGGUUUUAAAGAUCCCGUGUACCGGGCAAGACGAAAGCAGUUUGCUGACAUUGCCUACAACUACCGCCAUGGGCAGCUCAUCCCUCGGGUGGAAUACACAGAAGAAGAGAAGAAGACGUGGGGGACAGUAUUCAAGACUCUGAAGGCCUUGUAUAAAACCCAUGCUUGCUAUGAGCACAACCACAUUUUUCCACUUCUGGAAAAGUACUGUGGCUUCCGUGAAGAUAACAUUCCCCAGCUGGAAGAUGUUUCUCAAUUUCUGCAGACUUGUACUGGUUUCCGCCUCCGACCUGUUGCUGGCUUGCUGUCCUCUAGAGAUUUCUUAGGUGGCUUGGCCUUUCGAGUCUUCCACUGCACUCAGUACAUUAGACAUGGAUCCAAGCCCAUGUAUACACCUGAACCUGACAUCUGCCAUGAACUUUUGGGACAUGUGCCUUUGUUUUCAGACCGCAGCUUUGCCCAGUUUUCCCAGGAAAUUGGCCUUGCUUCUCUGGGCGCACCUGAUGAGUACAUUGAGAAACUGGCCACAAUUUAUUGGUUUACUGUGGAGUUUGGGCUCUGUAAGGAAGGAGAUUCCAUAAAGGCAUAUGGUGCUGGCCUCCUGUCAUCCUUUGGAGAAUUACAGUAUUGCUUAUCAGACAAGCCAAAGGUCCUGCCCCUGGAACUGGACAAGACAGCCUCCCAGGAGUACAGUGUCACAGAGUUCCAGCCCCUGUACUAUGUGGCAGAGAGUUUCAGUGAUGCCAAGGAGAAAGUGAGAAACUUUGCUGCCACAAUCCCUCGGCCCUUCUCAGUUCGUUAUGACCCAUACACCCAAAGGGUUGAGGUCCUGGACAACACCCAGCAGCUGAAGAUUUUGGCUGACUCCAUCAACAGUGAAGUUGGAAUCCUUUGCAAUGCCCUCCAGAAAAUGAAGUCAUGAACAGAUCUUGGUUUGUCAACUGAAAAUCUGUUGAUAGAAACAGCUUCUUUUGUUUGAAAAGAAAACCUUAAUUUGGGAUGUUAACUUUUAGUAACACAAUGGAGUAUCACAAAAUAAAUGAAAAUUAUCUGAAAUAAAAAAAUAUUAAUACAUACCUCAGAGCAUAAUGGUAGAUCUUUUGGAGUUAUCUUUGAUUUAAAAUGAUAAUCUCAAACUUUUAAUUUAAACUAUAAUUUCUCACCUUUCAUGAAUAAUAAUCAAAGUUGUGACCUGUGUCACUCAAGUUUCAUUUAUGCUUUCAAUUUAUCUGCUGCAGGAACUCCUAAAAAAUAUGUAUGACUAAAUGUAAAACAAAAGAUUGUCAUUGGAAAUGAAUUAUUUGGUUUGGUAGAAAUUUUAAUCUACAAAAUUUAGUCUCUACUUUCAUUCAUUAUGACUCUAAUUGCUGCUUUGUUAUUAUGCCUAUGUAAAUCUACUUUGAUUUAAAACUGUAUCAAGAUAGCCACAAGCAAUAAAGUUUUAGAGCAUCAAAUAAAACA